AUUGUGGGUGGACAGUUGGGUUGGUAGGUUGGCUUAUUAAGUUUCAGGCAGUACGUACAUUGCCAAAGGCACCGCUAUAACUAUUUCCACAUCACACUAUUAUUUACUUGUUUCUUUCCCAAAACAUAGACUUCAUUUGAAAUUAUGAACAUGGUAACUCUCUUCUUUCUUUUCUUUUGUGUCCAUACAAGACUUUCUGCUUCAACUUCAUCAGGGUAUGACAAAAUCUUUAGCUUUGGUGAUUCCAUUGCGGAUACCGGAAACCUCCUCCAUUCUGGCGCACUAGCAAAUCCGGUUAUUGGAAGUCUACCGUAUGGUGAAACUUUCUUUAAUCAUCCAACUGGUCGUUGCUCCAAUGGGCGCCUUAUUAUUGAUUUCAUCGCUGAGAAAUAUGGCCUACCAUACUUACCUCCUUAUCUACAAGUUGCCAAAAGCUUGAAGUCUAAAGCUAAACAUGGAGUUAAUUUUGCUGUUGCUGGAGCUACUGCACUGGAUGCACAAUUUUUCUAUGACCAAGGCAUUGGAGGGAUUCUUUGGACCAAUGAUUCAUUAAACAUCCAGUUGGGCUGGUUCAAGCGACUUAAGUCAAGCAUGUGCACCACCAAACAAGAGUGUGAUAGCUACUUUAAGAGAUCACUCUUUAUGAUGGGAGAGAUUGGUGGCAAUGACUACAAUUAUGCAUUUUUCUUGGGUGGAACCAUUACAAAGUUAAAAAGAAUGGUACCUUUGGUUGUGGAAACAAUCAUAUCUGCCACCAGCAUAGUGAUCGAAGAAGGUGCGAAGGAGGUUGUGGUGCCGGGGAAUUUCCCAAUAGGAUGCUCGGCAAUUUACCUGACCUUGUUCGAAACUCAAAACAAAACAGCGUACGAUGGAAACGGAUGUUUGAAAGCAUACAAUGCAUUCUCCAAAUAUCACAACACUCAGCUAAAGCUAGCUUUGGAGACGCUAAGGCAAAAAUACCCACGAGUUCGAAUCAUUUAUGCAGAUUACUAUGGUGCCGCAAAGGCCUUAUUCCACAUUCCACAUCAUCUACGACUUGAGAAUGCUUUAAGUGCUUGUUGUGGUGGGGGUGGACCAUACAAUUUCAAUAACACAGCAAGGUGUGGUCACAUAGGGUCGAAAGUGUGCGAGGAUCCGUCCACUUAUUCAAACUGGGACGGGGUGCACCUUACCGAGACGGCUUAUAGGCACAUAGCAACUGGAUUGCUCGAUGGAACUUUCACUUCUCCACCGAUCUAGUACGUGUUCAAGCUUUUCGAUUUCCAUUUUCUCAUUUGUAAUAUAGAGUUAUUAUUCAAAUGAAAGUAAGAAUAAAUUCCAAAACUGUGUUUUUUGUUGUAUUAUUAUGUAAACAUGUAUGCUUGUUUUA